AUGCUAGUACGUAUCGACAAUCGGUUAGUAGCUUUCGAUCGUCAUCGUCAGUCAUUUCGUCUCGGUGUAGUCGCCCGCAUGUUAUAUAUUAGCCCGUUGUUUAUGGCUAUAGAAAUCCAUAGUCCGUUACCAGAAUCAUUAUCAGAGAAUGACACUGAGUACUUGAGACGUACUGAACGGGUCAGUGCCGCAAUGGAGUUUGUGGAAGAGGGGGAGAUGGAAUUGUGGUCAAGCAAACUGAAUGGAGCACCGUAUAUCCCUUUGGAUACAUGUUAUCCUAUUGAUUCCAUAGGUCUCCCAAAGAGACUAUUAUGGCAGGUAAACUUUGAGGAGCUGGUUGCUGAUCACGCGGAGUUCCCACAAGGGUUUGAACACUUCCCGAAGAAAGGAUUGUUACAGCUAUGGCUUGGACUAAAAAGUUUGGCAGAUGGUACUGAUUGGGAAUUUAGAUACUACGAAGACAUCAUCAAAAUUCCCCAUCAAUUACACCAGUCCUUUCCUCUCUAUUAUAACGACAUUCAACACCCGCGGAAACGGGUCCCGGAUGGAGGAAGUGAACUAAACGAAAAUGGUCCAAAAGAAGGGGGACCAAAUGAAAUCAGUCCAAAGGAGAGAGGUGAAGCUAAGUCAGAAGCUAAGUCAGAAGCUAAGUCAGAAGUUAUCAAGUAUGAGUUUAUUGAGGUGACUAAGAACGGAGAGCCAAUCGUUUUCCAAAAGGCUAAUGCUCCUGAUAUAACUAGGCCCUAUUUGCCGAUGAAGAAGAGUUGUUUUCCUGUCACAUACACCAAGUCUUAUAAAGUAUCAUUGUCGUUACAUCACCAAAUGGUCCCUCAUUAUUUGGUUGGCAGGAUAAAGGGAUAUAAGAAUGCACUUUUAAAGUGCCGUAUCGGAGGGUGGCCUAUAUAUGGGAACCAAGACGCAGAUACGGAAGACAUUCCUGAGCAGCUUCAAGACCAGAUGUUGCUCUUUCAAUUCAUUGACGUAUCCAAGGACAUUGGCCAAAGAAGAGAUAACACCUUUAUAUGGUUGAUUGAUAACGACAGCCUCGUCCACUGUCGGUUCCAAAAUGCCACCUUGAAACGGAGUUGCUGUUAG